AAUUUUACAUAUUUAUGUUUCUAUUAGCAUUGUACCAUUUGGUGAACUUGUCACAAGCUUACAAAAUCCAACUAGCUUGCACUCUCUCCUUUACUUCCACUCAAUUCCUCUCCAAUCAUAAACCUCUCUUUUCCUUCUAUAUAAUGAGCAGAUUUGCUCUUAGGCCUUCUCACACUAGUCUCACUCUCUCCAACCCUACUCCAACACUCACUUAAGUCUAGUAGUAUCUUCAGUCAUGGCCGCCGCCCGAGCUGCCGUCUUAGUCCUCUCCUUCCUCCUCCUCUCCACCGCCCUCACCUCCGCCUGCGGCACGUGCAAGCCGCAGCCGUCGCCCAAGGCCCCCCCGGUGAACCCGUUCUGCCCCCGGGACACGCUGAAGCUGGGCGUCUGCGCGGACCUCCUGGGCCUGGUGAAUGUGGUGGUCGGGGAGCCGCCUUCGGGUGACAAGUGCUGCCCGCUGCUCGAGGGCCUGGCCGACUUGGAGGUGGCGGCGUGCCUCUGCACGGCCAUCAAGGCGAACGUGCUCGGCAUCAACUUGGACGUCCCCGUGGCGCUCAGCGUCUUGCUCAGUGCUUGCCAGAAAACCGUUCCUCCCGGCUUCAAAUGCCAAUGAAUGGAGUGAAGUGAAGAUUGAUUUGUAUUCUGCUUCUCUUCUUAGUUUGUUUGCGUGUGUGUUUGUCGAUUGAUGUUUUAGGUCUCUCUCUCCCUCUCUCUAAGUUUGAGGUGAUUUAAUUUCAUGCAAUAAACUAGGCAAUACCAAUGUUUGCCUUUUGUGUAAUGUAAGUGUUGUAUUUGUGCACGAAUAUUACUGUUAUUCUUGUGAA